UUCAAUCCACAUUAACGUGUUAGUGGGUCGCUCGAAUUAAAGGUCCGUCGGAAAUGUACUGCGAGAGCCCACGUACUGUAAUUAAGCUGAGUUCGUCUGAGUAAAUCGGAAUUUUGACUAACAAGGUUGGAGUCUGAUGUUAACUGGCGACAACGGAACGUUGACGAUACAGGAUAUCAAACUUGCUAGUCUUGCAUAUAAGACCUUGUGUGACGUUUGGGUCCACGUUUCUAAAUUCGGAUCGGGGACGUGUAUAUUGGGUAAGGAAUUACUAGGAUUGCAUAAUAUCCACCCGAAAAGAUGGUCACAUGUCCAAAAUUGCAUAAAUUUUGCCACCAGGCAACUGGUCAGACGGUAUGACAACGGAUCAAAUGUGGAGUAUUUCAACACCAAAUCAACUUCUGUCACUCAACAUUCAUGUCGGCGGCGAAAAAAAGGCGAUAAAAGAUUUUGUUCGGGUUGUUCACAUGGCAACCGCGUAAACUCUCCCAAGUCAAGACUAUAGACUGCGAACGGUCUCUUUCUUUUUUUAGCGUGGCAAAUACACGAAUGCGAAGGGAAAAAACAGAACGAUCGAGUUUGCAUAAUUUCUAACUUUUCCAAUCGCGCGAAGGAUUUCAACUACAAAAACCGACUGCUUGUAUUCCAAUAUGGCGGAAAAUACGAAGAUGGAAGUCGAUGGAAACGCAAGUGAAACGAUUGACGAGAACGAGACUGAAGAAAACAUGGAUGAGGGUGCCGGCGAAGAAAGUGACAGUUCGGAUUCUGACGCGUCCGAUGGUAACGAGGCAGUUCAUGACCCAAAAGUCCAACAGCUCGAGCUUCAGGUGGCAGGCAAUCCAUAUCACUAUGACUCUCAUGUUGAACUCAUCAAACUUCUCAGACAGUCUGGUGACCUCGACAAAGUGAGGAAUGCAAGAGAGGGUAUGAGCAAGCUCUUCCCGUUAACAGAAGGUAAAGUAAUGUUUUUUGAUAAAAUGCUGUCAAACCCCUGUUAAUGGAUACCUGUUAGUGGACAUAUCCUUAAAGAACACUACACAUAAAAAUGCUACAAUCUUCUUUCUUAAGCAGACACCUCUCUUACAUGGGCACUUAUCAGCAUGCAAAGAAAUUGGUGUAUGU